AUGAACCCUUUUGUACCAACAGGGGUAGACUACCCGCCACACAUCGAUAUCGAACCCGAAUCAUCCCAACAUGAUAUUUAUACAUCCUAUGAAGGCCAACAAUACUUUACGUCCCUCACGCCACAAAACUUUCAGCCAGUCCAAACCGCACCUACCCAUAUACUUCCUCAUCCGCAGCUCCAAUUACAUAUGCCUUCUCAAAACAUUCAACCACAACCUCCCAAUAUGCCACCUUUUGUACCCGAUUUUGGGUCGCAGAUUAACCCCAAUAUCGGCACUAAUACACCUUUAACUUACGACUAUCACGAUCCUUACACAAUCGAAGACCAAGUAAACGUUCCUUUAUCCUUGUCCACCUAUCACAAUCAACCGACCGAGUCUUCGGUUAACCAGCCCCUCAAGGCCGAGACUGAAUUUAAUCCGAUCAUGGGGAUUGAUAUGUACCCGCCCUCAGACUAUAAUCAAACGCUUGACACUCAAGUCUGGGUAUCUAACCAAGCGCUUACAGAUAUUCAACCUUCUUUCUCUACUUCUACUCCUAUUACUUCUUUCGGAAGCAAUUUUCCAAACGCGAUAACAUUCUCCAAUGAUGAGCGAAAUUUUGAGCUUGUCGUUAUUCAACAGCCUUUGCGAGCUCGUAUGUGUGGUUUUGGUGACAAGGACCGUCGACCGAUUUCUCCACCGCCUAUUCUGCAACUUUCAAUCAGAACAAAAGAUGGUCAAGAGAUUAAUCCUGAAAACGUCAAUGUCUCUUUCUUUGUCGUUUUGUGCGAUAGUUGGUUAGAAGAUGGCAAGACUGAAGCAAAUCUUGUAUAUCACUCACUUGCAGUAUCUCAGAUCGAUAACCUCACAGGUGAAAUAUCACAAACUGUCAAGAUACGCAACAUGGUCGGGUCUUCUGUAGCUUCGGCAACAAAACUUUAUGACGCUCAGGGAAAUCUAGGUAUCUAUUUUGUUUUUCACGACAUAAGUUUCAGAAGCGAAGGUCGGUUUCGACUCGGAUUUUCCUUUAUCGACAUUGGCACAUCAAUAUUUUCUGAAAAUUCUGUUCGCGACAGCCAACAGGUCUCCAUUCAGCCAAAGCCUGCCCUAAAGAAAGUAUUUACAAACCCAUUCACUGUCUAUACAGCAAAACAGUUUCCGGGUGUAGCUCAGUCAACUUUAUUAUCACAAUGCUUUGCUAGACAAGGCGUCAAAAUUCCUAUUCGUAAAGACACAAAACCAAAGCAAAAAUCAUCAGAAAGGAAUCAAGAAUAUCAAUACAAUAUCAAGUCAGAGGAAAAUGAAGAAUGGUGA